AUGAUCUCAAAGUAAAUACCGGUAGGCCACCAUGAAGAAGAAGAUGAUGCCUUCAGCGGUAGCAUGGUCAUCCAUUCUCUUGAUUGCUGCUCUUGCCCCUGCCGUCAAGAGCUUCGAGUGUUCCAGUAACCGACCAGGAUGGGCCGAUCACAGAACGCUUUAUGUACCGGACAGCAUGUUGGGAGAUGAUGAUGACAGGGACAAUGCGUGGAUGGCCGCUCUCUGCUGCGUGUAUACCCAUGUAGAAGUCACCACCUCUUCUUCGAUUGUACAAUUUGAAAUCUAUGAUGGCUCAGACUAUGACCUUGGGCAGUCCUUUUCCUCCUUUCCAGAGGUUGCCGCCGAGGCCAUGGACGAAAUCUGUGGCAUGUCCAUGGGAAGUGCCGACUGUCGCAACCAAGCCAGUUGCGUCGAACAGGGAUUGACUAGUACUUUAGCUCCAACAGUCGCGCCAACAGUCGCACCAGAAGAUAUGGAGGAGGUGCCAACUAUGGAAAAUGUCACAAAGAUGUUCCAGGACGCGAUAAACUGCAAUACGGAUCGCCCCAAUUCUUGGGCCAGUCACCGCACACUUCAUGUGCCAGAAAACAUGCUGCUUCCUAACACAGAUGGCAGUUUCAGCUUGGCAAGAAGUAGUAGUUACAAUGAGAGUAAUACUGUUGGCGACGAUUAUUUCAUCACCAGUAUUGCCUGGAUGGACGCCUUGUGUUGCGUGUACACACACGUGGUGAUUGUGCCAACCAUCAUGGACAUUGUUCCAGCAGCCCAACUAGAACGGUAUGAUGGAUACGUUUACAAUCUACCAGGAGAAGAUUGGAUGGAAGUGGCCAGGAAUGCCAUGACGGAUAUUUGUGACAUGAGCAUGGGCAGCCAAGACUGUCGAGGCCAACAGCAGUGUGUCAAUGAGGCCUUUGUCAACACGACAUUCGAUUUCAAUGAUCCAGCAGGAGGAGGAGAACGAAGGACUGAGCUAUCCAACGUUGGAGAGGUCACGUCAUCCUCUCUUUCGUCCUUCCUGGGACAUGCUACGUCCACAAGUAGUCUGGUUGUGGGACUAUUAUUGCUUCGUCUGUGGUUGUGAGCCAUAGCCAUGCAUCCAACGCAAGAUGAAGACAUUGAUUCGAUUCGAAGUACCUUUGUGGAUGACCCAAACUGUUGUACAAAUACAUUUAAUUAAACUAGGAUGUUAUUUCUCAUCUC